UUUUAGGGGCGUCUUUGUAUACAAAAUAGGUAAAUUUCAUUGUAGUGUCGUUUUACCAAAACCUCAAGAGUGCGGUCAUACUUUACCCUUAUUAUUAUUAUUAUUAAUUUUUUUUUUUUUUUUUGCACUUCACCAUAUCUAUAUAUAUAUAUAUAUAUAUGGGGAGAGAGAGAGAGAGAGAGCGCGCGCGACGAGGUCGAAUAACAUGAGAACGACGGCCCCCACUGGAAUCACCACGACCGCCGUUGCUCCGGUGGUCAAGCAACCCUAAGUUGGUGAUCUACUUGUGUUCAUUAUUUUUAUUGGCUGCGAUUCUUUGCUUCCUCACUCGAUCCUCAGCGGCAAUAAGGGCAAGUUCAGGUGUCCCCCUUAAUUUCUCUCUCUUCGAACUCUUUCCCUCUCCAAUUUUGGCCACUGUAUAAUUGUUUAAUAUCUAGAUUUAGCCUGCUUGUUAAGUGCAAAGUCGAUUAAUAAACUUGGAGCUAAAAUACAGUUUGAUUGAAGACAAUCCUUUUAACGGUAUAUGCAUCAAUUGUAUAGUACUGUUUAAUGCUGAGUAAGUUCUGAAUCUUGAUGCUUAGUCAGUUGAGACUGUCACUCUGUUCUCAAAGAACCAACCUUAAUCCAAGAUUUGCCCAAUUUGUUCAAUUUUUAUGGUGGUCUUAGAUAUUGUUGAAAGUUCUUAGGAUACUUAAAUCAAAGUGAUUCAACAGUGAACAUCAUAAUAAUAUGAAAGCUAAAUUCAAUGCUUUAAUCCAACUCGGCUUCCUAUUCUCUGUCCCUCGGAAAUUUGUCUCCUUGCCCUUCAAUGCUUCCCAUAUCAAAACCCCAUUUGCAAAACCCAAUUUAUGGUGGACCAGUGCGGCAUAUACCACAACCGCAAUGGUUCCCCCAUUAACUGGAACCCUAGAAAACAACCAGAACUGCAAUGUUUUGGAAGAUAUAGGAGACCACCCUAAGGACUCCAUUGAUGUUUUUAGGAGAUGGGGUUGUAGUGAAACUGAUAUAUCAAAGAUUUUUCUUCUGCGGCCUUCUUUACGUGGUGCUGAUGUCACAAAGCUACAAUCUAAGCUCAGCAUACUUAGCAAGUUAGGCCUCACAGCUUCUGACCUUGUCAAAAUCAUCAAUUGUUGCCGCCGCUUCUUUACUCGCCGCAUCAAUCAUUGCUUCGAUGAGCGCCUGGAAUAUCUCCAAACCUUGUUUGGGUCAAGGCAAAUGCUUCUCAAAGCCAUUACACGCAACCCUUCCCUCCUCACCUACGACUUCCAUAAUUUGAUCAAACCCACCAUUGCCGCAUACGAGAGAAUGGGUGUUAGCAGAAAGGACUUGAUUCCCAUGCUUCUGUCUCGUCCCACAUUAAUUCCUCGAUCAUCAUUCACUGAUGAAAAGAUGUAUUACAUACAGAAGACUGGCCUCUCUAAGGAUUCCAAAAUGUACAAAUACGUGGUCACCCUCAUUGCAAUCUCACGCCUUGAGACAAUUCGUGAGAAGGUGGCAUUCUUUGAGAAAUUUGGGUUUUCAGAAGAUAAGGUUUUGGGUCUUUUCGGACGCUCGCCUCUGCUGUUGACCUUAUCCGUUGACAAGGUUCAGAGGAACAUGACUUUUGUACUGGGGACAAUGAAGCUACCUGCUAGUACGGUCCUUGAUUAUCCAUUUCUGAUAUUCUCUAAUUUGGAGGCUGUGUUGAAGCCCCGAUUUCUUCUCGGGGGUAUAAUCCAAGAUUUGGGUCUUGUUCCACAAAUUAAAGGACCUGCAAUGUUGAGGGCAUUGAGAAUGACAGAGAAUUUGUUUAUUAAGACAUUUAUUAAAUGUCACCCUAAGGAUGUUGCAAGUGAAUUGAUGGAGUAUUACACAAAUGUAAAAGGUGUAGAGCGGUUAGCAAAAACUUCAAAGAGGAACUUGCCCAAAGGAUUCCCUUUCUGAACAUCUAUGGGCUUCCAGGUGCUAAGAAACUUUUUGCAGAUUUAUUUUUCUGUUACCAUAUUCUUUAGUUUUAGGACUAGGAGCAAUUUGCAUACACUUGAACAAUUUUUUUUUUUUUUUUUUUUUUUUUCUCUCAUUCUUUUUGUAAUCCCUUAUAAUUUUUCGGGAUUAAUAUUAAUUCUUGCGUUGCAUAAUACAGAUUUAUUACUUGAAUAUCUACCUUCAUGUGUUUUCUUUUGUUAUUUCCUUUGAAAUUUCUCUCUUUGCACAUGCAAAAGUGUGCCACAAGAUGGCGUUCCUUGGACUGAGUAUUGACAUUGUAUAGACCUGGGUUGAGUGGAUUCUAUUCCUGCGCUAUCAGCUUACUCACCUUUUUUCUUUUCUUUUUUCCCCCUCUUUUUCAGAAAAAUGAGAGAGAAUGAUUAGAAAAGAAAAGUAGCUUCUAUUCAAUAGAAAGAUGAAGAUAAAAAAUAACUAUUAAUUUUGAAUAAUUUAGUCAUUAAGGGUUUGAAAAACUGAUAGAUGUCUAUUCUUUUUACAUAUGCUUUUUGGCUGCUCAGGCAAUGUAUAAGGAUUAUGUUUUUUCAAAGCAGAUAGAUGUCUAUUCAUUUUACAUAUGCUUUUUGGCUGCUCAGGCAAUCUAUAAUGCUUAUCAGAUAGACAAUUAGUAAGAUGAUAAUACUUGGCCUGGCAGAUUCGUGGUCUAAAUUAUGAGGAUCAGAUUGUUAUGUGUGUGGGCGGGUUUCUUUUGCUAUUUCUUUGUGUUAUCACACUUUUUUCUAACCAAUCACUCUAGUUAUGCCAAAAGGCUAAAAUUGAUCCAUCAAUUGCUUUAAUCCGAAGAAAUGAGGCACGCAAAUUAUCUAAAGGUUAAUCAAUUGAAUCUGCAUCUUGAACUGGUGACUGGGGAAGUGAUGAACCUUUUUGCCUCAGCUGUAUUGAUUGUGAAAGUUCUGUAAUAUUCUGAUUGUCAAUUAAUUGGCUAGAAUUUUCACUAUCGCAAGCUACUCUUUGUCUGAAAGAAAGGGAGGCUUUUAUAAUACUUUAGUGUGAAUUCAGAGUUCACAUUCUUGGCAUAAGAAACAAAAAAGAGAUUGUUUGUCAUUAUACUUUAAAUCCUACAGGGGUUGUAGUUGAAAUGAUGAUUAAUUUGACUUUUUUUUCAGCAAAUAAUUGAUUACUGGAUGAAAGAGAAAAUACAGCUUGCUUAGUGAAGUUGUUUUCGACUAGUUUUCGCUAUGGUAACUGACCUUAAAUUAAGUUAUGCUGUCUUGACUUGUAAAUUUAUGCAUAAGUGAUAUCUAAGUGGUUCAGCAAAUGUAAACUGGACUCAUAGAAUUUACUUCUUGAUGGUACCAACUCCAGAGUGAACUAUGAGCAUUGUUCUCCUGAAUAAUUGGGCACUUGUUGGAUUGGACCAAGUAUCACAAGAGCUGUAAACAAAAGGUUGGGGGAUUGUGUUGCGACUGUGAGGAAGUUGUAGCUGUGUUACCCAUGAGCUAACAUGUUCCCUCUGCAACAUGCAAAGCUAGUUUGUUUUGUGUGUGUGUGUGAUACCGGUAAAAGACAUGCAAGUUUAGUUCAUAAACUGUGGAGAAAAAUAUUAUUGUGAUACUGAGGUGGGGGGACUUUCUUGAUCGGUUGCUUUCUGGUAUGCUUUCAUAUUCUAAUUUUCUAAACUGGCACCCUGCACUGUAAGUGACUAAUGGAUUCUUACAAUAAUUUGAUUGAAUUGCAUUUCUAGUUGCUAUCUAAUGGAGAUAGUGAUGAAAUAUUGACACUUUUCGUACUUAUUUUAUUGAGCAAAGAAACUUGGAUGCAAUUUAUGCAUGUUUCUCACAUCGAGGAGGAUUUUGAAUGAGGUAUAUCCUCUGCCAAAAAAAGAGGUGGUUCUGUGAUAUAAAUGGAAAUUUGGCAGGAUGUUCCUCUUUUCGUCUUGGUGAAAGUUUUAUGAAGCUCAUUUAGAUCUCUUGCCUAGCUUGCUGAUAAACAUAUAUGUGUGCGUGCGUGUGUGUUUCAUCAUUUGUUCUUUCAGGUGUUAUGCAUGCAGGUAUUCGAGAGCUUGUACAGGAGCUGAGUAAUUAAAUAUGGCUGCAGUUUUCUUUUUUGUAAAGUGGUUCUCCUAGGUCAUGAUAUUUAUUUACUUGAUGUAUAUUUUGGAGCUCGAGUUUAAUCGUGGUUAUUUUUUGCAAAAUAAUGCCAAAGAUGAUCUCGAGUCUGUCUUACAUCACUCUGGGACUACGCUGAAACAAUUACC